GAAAAACUUAAAGAAAAUAGAAUAUAUAUAACAAAAGAAAAUAUCUUAUUGGUAAAAAAAAGUAACAACAACAUAGCAACUCUCAUAGAACAAAACAAUAAUACAUUCAUAUAUAAUGAAGAGGUUAUUGAAGACAAUACACUUAAUAAAGAGGUCCUCAAAAUUAGUAUAUAUAACAAAGAUAAUAACAAAACAACAAUAUAUAACAAAGAGGUUUCUGAGACUAGUACAGAUAACAAAGACAACAUAGAAACAACAACUCAAAAUGAGUCAAUGAAUAAACAAAGUGACUUUAUUUCAGAAAGAAAUACAACUUCUAAUAAUUUCACAAAUAUCAGGCCAGAACAAAAAUCUCAUACAGCUAAUUCUGUUAACAAAGAAGAAAACUUAUACUUGCAAGAUGAUAUAUUUAUUACUGACAGUGUGAGCUUACAAGAAAAUAAUUUAAUACAAGAAGAAUAA